AUGAAUACCGAAUUGCGACGCCAGGUCGUGAAUGUCUAUAAAGAGCUUUUGGAGAUGGGAAAACACUACCCAUUAGGCUACGAUUACUUCCGUACGCGCUUGCACAAAGCCUUCAUCUCGCAAGCACAUCUCAGGGACGAAGACAAAAUCCGUGAAGGUAUCAAAAGAGCCGAAUUCGUCAAGAAGGAGAUUGAAGCUCUCUACUUCCUCAAAAAGUAUCGCUCUAUGAAGCACCGUUACUCCAGCUGA